AUGACCGCCGUCGCGACUACGGCGCACCUUCCCCCGAUGCGCACGCGCACGGGGACGGGCCGCCCGAUGCCCAUCAAGCCCUACCGCCACUUCCUCGUCCAGAAGAACAUGGACAGACGCCUCUCGGGCAAGAACAACAUACAACCCAACCCGCGGGGAGGCGCCCUCCUCUCCCGAGCUCCACCGGCCAUGACCAAAAUAUCGCCCAAGCGCGCCUCCGCGGUGGUGCCGCGCGCGGCGCAGCAUUCCUACGCGGAGUGGUGCAAGGAGCGCGGAGUCGACGCGCCGAACGUAUCCAUCCACUACCUCACGUCAUCCCUCCCGGACGGAGCGGAGACGGAGCGCGGAUGCCUCGUCACCGCCCCCAUCGACGCCGGUAGGUUUCGCGCCCUUCAAAAAGCGCCCCGACUUUUUCUUCGCCACGUCGUCGUUCGCGCGCCCCGCCCCGUCCCUGCGCCGACUCGACCGAUCCCUCCGACCCGAAAGACGCGCCGCUCACGCGCCUCCACCCGAAUCGCACGCGCAGGCCAAGUCAUCGCGCGAUGCCCCGCGUCCAUCGUCUUCGCGCUUCCCCCGUCGCCCCCCAACCCGUUCCCCGAUUUCUGCCCCGACGAUCUCUGGAACGAUCCCCCGGGCGUCGCCCCGGGGCGCCCGGCGCAGGAGCUCCGCAUGGCCCUCGCGCUCAUCAGGGAGCGACGCGCGGGUACCGCCUCGCCGUGGCACGCGUACGUAUCGCAAAUUCCCGACGAGUACGACCUGCUCGGCAUGUGGACAGACGCGCAGUUGGACGAACUCCACGCGCCGAAACUCGUGGACGACGCCAAGCGCCAGCGAGGCGAAAAUUCCGCGGCGGCGUCGGCGGUUUGCGACGCACUCGGCUUGACCCCUGCCGAGGUGCACUGGGGGCUCAACACGGUUCGAUCGAGGUCGUUCCUGGGCAAGUACCCGACCUCGGUGAGCGUGAUGAUGCCCCCGUACGCGGCUGGGACGGAUGCGGCGACGACGCUCGCCGAGUGCGACGCUCGGGAAGAACAAAAAGCGUCACAGCUUGCGGCGGCGGAGGAGGACGCGAGGCGCGCCGCCGAGGCGGCGCGGCACGCGGCUAGCGCCGAGUGCGGCCUCGACCCCGACGAUCCCGCCGGCGUCGCCGUGGCCAGCUGUACCCCGAGCGACGUCAGCCGUCGGUCGGCGGCGCAGCCCGCCGUGUUCGUCGUUCCCUUUCUGGACGCGUUUAAUCAUUCGCCGAGCUCAUCCGACGGCUCUCAAACGGGCGACGCCUCGGGUGGCGCGACGAAGCUGACGUUCACGGACGGCGCGUUCCAGCUCGUGGCGACGCGCGCGAUGACGCCGGGGACGGAGGCGACCAUCUCCUACGGCGCUCACGCCAACGACGAGCUCUUGCUUCGAUUCGGUUUUUGCGUGGAGGGGAGCGAGGAUGAGAAGAUCGCGCUGCCGGGGUGCAUGGACGAGCUCGAGUGGCUCAUGCCGGGUUCCCUGCGCGAGGCGGACAUGAAGGCGGAGGGGUUGCACGCCGCGGUGAAGGACGCCCACCUCACGCACGACGGCGAGGCAUCCCCCGAUCUCCUGUGGGCGCUCAGGGUUCUUCUCGCGAGCGACGACGAGUACGAAGCGCUGGGCGGCGUCCACGGCUUGCGCCGCGAAUUCUCCGGCAUCGAGGAGGUCGGGUCCGGGGCUCAGCUGGCGGCGGAGGCGAGCCUGGCGCUAGCGUGCGAACGCGAGCUCACGGAGAUGGGCGGUCUCGCGGCGUACGACGAGGACCUGGUCAACUUGCACGCCGUCGAGGGCGUGUACGGCGAGGUGGUCGCCGAGUGUUCCCUGGAUUCGGGCGACGUCGAGAGAUGCGGCGGCGACGGCGAGGACGGAAACGACGCCACGUUUUUGCGGCGUCUGCUCUCCGCGUUGUCGUUCAGGGUGAACAGGAAGCGCAUACUGGCGAGGGCGAUGGAGAGGUACACGCCGGGAGGGGUCGGGUUCGUCGACCCCGAGGCUGCGCUCGAGGUUUGAGUCGGGCCGGAGCGGAGGCGAACGUUUUGAUACAAGUGACACGCGCGUCGCAUCGUCGACUUC